AUGCAGAACUCCUCCUCGGGGACCGUGUCAAAGCCGAAGACAGGGUCUUCGCUCCCUUCUGAGGCUUCGUUCAAGCGCAAGCGGGGAGUCUUCCAGAAAGAUUGUGAGUGAAAUAAUAUGGUUUUACUGCUCUUUAUAUCACCAAAGACCUAAAGAGGGAAAUUAAAAGAUUUGGCGGGAAGAGCUCAGGGUUCCCUCUCCGUAAAUAUAAUCUGUCGUAAUGUUUCAAGUGGCUUCUCCGAGCUCUAUUAUUAUCAUGAGAAUAUCCAGAACAAUUUUACACGGAGUCUUGUAACACUCUCUGAGCAUGAACUUCCGAACUGAGCCCGAGAAUGUUUUGAAUGACGUUUCUGAGGUUCAUCUUACUCUAUGUAUCUUAAUUGAGACAUCUAAAAUUUAUGUUUUAGUCUUUAUUUUUUUAAGUUCUUUCGUUCAAUGUUUCCAUUUGGUUUUCAUAUUGAUCAGUAUUUGAGUUCCUGCAUUUCGCGUGCACAUCACAAAUGGGAUUUUGUUCUAACUCACUUAACUUUUCUAUUGCAGUACAACAUAUGAUGUAUGGAUUUGGCGACGAUCCCAAUGUAAGUGAAUGCGUAUUUUCGCAUUGGAUUCUUCUUUAAUAUAUUUUUCAAGGGCAAUAUUCAAAGCCAUGCUGCAUUGUUAUUUCAAUGACUUGUGGCUUGUGGGCGUCUUACAACAACAAUACAACAAGAAUGGCAAUAAUAAUGAUUAUUAUAAGAACAAGAAUGAUGAUGAUGAUGAUGUGCUAAUAAUAUGGCGUCCACUAGGUGAGCAUAAAAAUAUUUCGGGACAUGAUAGCUAAAAUCCCUGCUUUUGAAAUUUUCUCUAUUACAAAUAGCUGAAUGGCUUAGUUAUCCUCAUUCAAACGAAAUUUCUGGUCCCGUUAUCCUUAAGAGCUUGGUACAUUUUAGUUCUUUUCUGUCAAUUCACAGAAGCGGGUAACUUCUUUUGAUGUCCAUAUGAUUAUAUUACUUACUAGGAUACUCAAUUUUAAAUACAGUGAAGAGAGCCAAGCCACCUUGUCAACAAUUAAAAUAGAGAAGUGAAGUCUCUCAAAACCUUUUCUGAUGAGCUAAACGGUUAGAUGUAGUUGUUGGAUAGGGGAUAACUUAUGGCUGCAAGAUUUGGUAUUGAAGAUGUAUCUAAGUCUGAAACUUGCCGUUGACAAUCUAUCAUGAAAACAUGUUUAAGAUGACAACAUGGUUAUAUAUGUGGAAUGACGAAAAAGCUGGUAAACCACGAUAUGUAUCUUGAUAAUGGAAUUCUCCUAUACCUUCUGCUGUGUGAAAAGUUAAACUUGUGAAUUUCACACUUGAGUUACAUUGUGGAAAAACCAUAUAGAAAUAUUCUUAUUUUUUAUUUCACAAGAGAGGAAAUGUGGUGCUGAAGAAUCAUCCUCAAAUUGCUUGCCCAAUUUAGGCUCAAAUGAAAUGAUCUAUCGUUUACUAAGAAAUUAUUCCACCUGAACAAAAAACAAGAAGCAACACAGGAUUAUCAUCUCUAGAUCUCCACAAAUUUAGGGUUAAGAUGCUUCAGUAAGAAACCUGAGACCAUAUAACUAAACCAUCUUUGUGUAGGCUCAAAGACCAAAUUUGCUUUCAACAGUCCCCAAAGCCGUGUAGGUUGGAGAAGACCUUUAUGUGCUUACUAGGAUUGUUAAGCUACGAUGGUGCUCACAGCACUGAUUAUUAUUCAUUAGUAUAGUCAAAUAAUUUGAUAUCAAAGUCAUUGAACUCUAUCAAAACUCUCUUCUGCUCUAUAGGUGAUCCAUUGAUGCAUUGUUUACAAACUCAUAGAAGAAUAUUUUUUCUUAUUUUCCUUUAAAAGUCUCCAGUAAUAUGCCCAUUUUUUCAUUGGAUUUAAAAUUCCCAUCCUUAGGAAACUUUUAUUGUGUAGUCAUUCCAUCUCAGUCCAUUAUUUCAAUCAACUGACUCGUGGGUGAGGUUGAUCCUCUUAACAAUAAUUGGAGGUGCGGUGUGAAUGAUGACAUUAUCCUAAAUUGAUUGACUGCCUCCCUUACCAUCUUCUUGUGCUCCAUGUCCUGAGUUCCUUCCUCUUUUUGUAAUACAAAUGACUGUCUCUCACAUCUUACACUAGGCUUGUUUGUUUCCCUGAGUACCAGAUUACUCAUCUCUUUUGCACUCUUCCCAGAGUAGUAAUGUCCGCUAUCUGCCUUUAUCUAAGUCCUAAAGCAUAUUUGAUGCUAGUCUCCUUCUGAGACCCAAAUCCUUCUCCCUGACAGCCUCUUCAUGAGCUGUUACUCUCUCCCCAAAAAAGAAAUCCUUGUCAUCAUUACUGUCGGGCUCUUUCCAAAAUACUAAACACUUACCUGUACUCCCCCUCAUAGUGACUUGCUUGCUCAACAUGUAGUUUUUUUUAACACAUUAAUUAAAUGAUUGUGAAAUAUACUAGAAGUAUUUUUCAUCUGUUGAAUGGAGAUUUGACUAGAAUAUUAGCGAGUAUGUUUGGUAGUUGGCAGGAUAGUAAAAGGUUUUUUAUAAAUGAAGUUUUUUGCAGGGAUCUAAAACCAAAUAACCUUUUUUAUGUAUAAAAAAAUCGAAUUUAUUGAUAGUAGUAAUAAUGGAGGCAAAGCUUUACCCACAGGUGCUUUGAAUGUGGCACUCAGGUUCUGACUUCCCUCUUAGUAUGCGCUAUUAUUAUCUGUAUGUAGAUGUUAAUCUCCUAUUUUUUUUAAAUAUCUGAUUCCAUUCUGAUGCCAUCGCCUUUUCUGCAGCCACUUCCAGAGACUGUUGCCCUCGUGGAAGACAUUGUUGUUGAAUACGUGACUGACUUGGUAAGUGGCUGUCAGUCCCUCUUAAGGGCUAUAAUUAUAAAACCUUGAUGCAUAAAAACUCAACUGAAAUUGGUGCGUUCCCCUAUACCAACACUUGGUCACCCUCUAAGCAGCUCUCAAUCUUUGAAUUCGUCCAAAUAUGUGAAUCUGAAUGAAGAGGAAGAAAGUAUGAGAGACACUAGUCUCGCAUUCAAACUGACAUGUGAGAAGAUCUUAUUUCCUCCAAAAAACAAUUUUGUUUUUUUCUCAUCUUUUGUCGACUAGUGACUGAUAAGUUUUUAAGUUGAAUAUUUAUGGUCUUCUUAUAUCUCUAAAAUGGACUAAUUACUUCUGAGUCUUCCGAAUUCUCAGAGCUUUUUUUCAAAUUUCUCUCAACAAAAAAAUGAGCAGGUGACAAGAACUCUCAUUUCCUGUGGUACAUUCACAGUGCUUUAUCUAUUUUUUGUUUUGGAUAUUCCCAACUGCCCCCCUUCUGCAAACUUAAUUUUCCUUGGACUUGUAUUUUUAUCAGUUUAAUGUGUUUCCCACUGGACUGGGAUAAAAAGAUGCAGAUGGAUGAUAUAUAUUUCACUGAAAUUGAGAAAGUUAUUUAUGUAGUAAACUCCCUAAGCACAAAGGUCAACUAAGCUGCUUGUCUUUUGUAAUGAAUGUGCACUUCUGAACAUCAUCUCUACUUUCCUCGAUUGGCUCUGUUUCCAUCAGUCUUAAAGGGACUCGAACGUGAAUUCUAAGCAAUUCAUCGUGCCUAUUAUUUACAAUUUCUUUUCCGAGUUGAAGUUUUUCUCUUGCUUUUACUCUUCUCACCGUUGGGGUCAUAUGUAAACCUUCUCUAGGCACAUAAAGCUCAGGAUAUUGCAUCAAAACGAGGAAAGCUCUUGACGGAGGAUUUCCUGUUUUUGAUUCGUAAGGUACUUGACAGUUUUACAUUUCUAAUUUUAAUGAUCCCUGUGAAUUGUGCCCUAUGAGAUUCUGCCUUCUCAUUUUCUGGCAGGAGACUUUAUGAGAAUUCUAUCCUGGGAAGGAUCCACAUUUUGUCAAUGGAGCCCAGAACGUGUGCAUUGAUUGUGGAUCUCUUCUUUGCACAGGAUUUGCCUAAGCUCCAUCGGUGCACUGAACUGCUGUCCAUGAAUGAAGAGCUUAAACAGGCGAGGAAAGCAUUUGAAAUAGAUGAAGAAAAGCUCCUUCAGAACGAAGGCUGA